CUUCAACCGGGCGGACUGAAGAUGGAGGAAUGCCGAACGUGACCUACGGCUUUAUUGGUAUUGGAAGGAUGGGAUUCCCCAUGGCACUCAAUUUUCGAGCCAAGAUGCCAUCAAGAUCGAAGCUGCUCGUGUGCGAUGUCAAUCAGUCGCGGGUGAAGGAAUUUCUCCGGCAGUCCAAAUCCCUGGGACCUGUGGACAUGGCUUCGUGUCCCAAGGAAGUUGCGGAACAAUGUGAUAUCAUCCUCACGUCAUUGCCACCCGGCAAGCCAGUCUUGCAAGUCUUUCUGGACCCGUCGACCGGCAUCAUGGCAGCUGGAGUCCGUGACAAGUCCAAACUUGUGAUUGACACUUCGACGAUGGACGUCCAGACCUCAUUGAAUGUCUCUAAGCAAGUUGUAGCUUCCGGGUUCGGACAUUUUGUCGACUGCCCCGUCUCAGGAGGCAUGAUUUUCGCCGAGACUGGAAACUUGAGCUCCAUGGUUGGAAGCUCCAAGGAACUCUUCGAUCGAGUCAAGCCUAUCAUUCUGCCAUUCUCGGAUCCCAAAAAGAUAUAUCACUGUGGGCCCGCCGGCGCAGGGCUUGCCGCCAAGAUCAUCAACAAUUACGUUGCAAGUGUGAGCUACGUGGGCUUGUGCGAAGGAAUCAAUGCUGGUGUUCGUUAUGGUCUGGAUCCGGAAGUUCUAACAGAUGUCAUUAAUGCGGGCAGUGGCAUGUGCUGGAAUUCGUUGCACAUGUGUCCCAUCAAGGGAGUUCAAUCCACUUCGUCAGCGAGUCGGGAUUUCUUGAGUGGUCCAGAUGGUGGACCAGGCUUUGACUUGGCGACCGAGAGUACUGAAAUGACGAUCGAACUGAUGGAUCACGUCAAUGCCAAGUCCAUCAUGGCGCCCGUGAUGAGAGAUCUCUGGAAGCGCGCGCAAGCCAGUACGUUAUGUCAGGGAAAGGAGUACAGAAGCGUGUAUCGACUUUUCUCCGAGGAAGAUGGUCGUGCAUUGGAGAAUGGCGGGCCUGAUUGAUG